UUAGUUUCCAAUACAAAUUUUGAAUUUCGGCAGCGAUUCUGAUAGCCCAGCCUGUGCAAGUGUUAAAAUAAUUUCAUAGAGAUUUGACGUUUAAAAUACUUUAGCGGCUUGCAACACUGUUUGUUGCAUAGACAUGGCAUAGACAAAAGAUGGAUGUCAUAUAAGUCAAAUUAGUUAAAUGUCAAACAUUUUCACAUCGACUUUACUUUUCGUAUGACUUUUUUAAAAUUGGGAAAUCAUAAAAUAAAACUGAACUCUUUUGCUUCUAACGACAAAUGCGAAGAUCUGUUGUGAUGUGUUCUUUCGUAUACAUUUCCAAGAUUGUUUCUAGUCUAUUGUAAUAAAUGACAGGGGUUUUAGAAGUAAUUAACACCCCACCACCAUGGGGUGUGGAGUGAAAAUGUGGCUAUGAAGAAAUUGUGUAAAUAGAUAAGAGAGACUAUGAUGUUUGACUGUAAAGGGAUUUUAAGCUCAUUAAGAGCCCAAAUACUAUAAUUACAAUAUGUAUAGCUAAAGGAGUCAGAAAAACAAUGAGAUUUCAUAGAAGGUGUGGUGACAGAGUCACACUUCUAAAUGACAACACUACAGCUGUAAGGAAUUUUGUUGAGUUCAAUCAUGGCUUGAUACUUAGCGCAGAACCCUUGAAGGAUGAUGUUAUGUUUGAAGUGUGUAUUGAUAGGAAGGUCAAUGUGUGGAAUGGAAGCCUUGAAAUUGGAGUUACCACCCUGGACCCGGAGUUCAUGGAACUGCCCGCAACAGCUACAAAAUUGAGAAAUACAGCUUGGAUAAUGUCUGGCAGCUCAAUUGUGAAGGAUGGUGUGACACUUGUUAAUUCCUAUGGUCCCGAACUAGACACACUCAGCGAAGGAGACUGUGUUGGUGUCAUGAAAACAGCCAAGGGGGAGUUAUUGUUUUAUGUGAAUAGUCGAUGCCUUGGUGUGGCAGCUAAAGACCUGCCUAGCAAAUUGUUUGCCGUCAUAGAUUUAUAUGGACAGUGUGUUCAAGCUUCUAUCACUCAUGUACAUGGCAUGAGGCCCAUUAUGGAAACCAGUAUUGAUCAGUUGGAAGAGGACCCCAACAAUGAUGACACUUUAAGAACAAGUGACAUGGAUGUCGUGCCUCUACCUCCUAACCUGUUGCAACCUAAGCCGUCUCAAGAUGUUUAUGUCCCGAUGACCUCUGAGGGUGCCUGUGCUCUGGUAGCACAGGAUCGUUUAAGGUUUCACCCAAGAUGUGGGAUACUUGUAAAAUUAUCAGCUAAUAAUAAAUCAGCAGAAAGGGCUAGGCCUUUGGAUGACUACAACAAUGGCGUAGUGAUGACGCACCGCCCGCUGUAUGACAACGAACUGUUUGAGAUACGCAUCGACAGGCUAGUCGACAAAUGGAGUGGUAGCAUUGAGGUCGGCGUAACAUCCCACAAUCCAGCAACAAUCAGAUUUCCAUCCACUAUGACGAACAUGGACUCCGGCACGAUCAUGAUGUCGGGCUGCAAAGUGCUUAUGAACGGGCACGGCAUGUGCAUGGAGUAUGGGAACUUCAAUCUCGAUGAACUAAGGGAAGGAGAUACCGUUGGUAUGAUGAGAAAGAGCACUGGCAAACUGCACUACUUUAUCAACGGCGUGGACCAAGGCAUAGCCACAGAUAAAGUGGAACAACAAGUCUGGGGAGUUGUUGAUCUCUAUGGCAUGACUGUAAAGGUCACUAUAGUGGACCCGUGUGAGGACAUGGACACUACCGUUUCCAACGCGCCGGUUGCGCUCAGCGCUCCCGAGCUGCCUGCUCCAAGCAGGAUAAGACAAAGAUUAGAUGAAGAUAGCCUUUUAUUUCAUACGCUGCGUGAUUCGAAUGUUAUUAUUAUUAAUGAUGGUAAGACUGCUCAUAGGCCUAAUGCUUUCGAAUACUUCAAUAACGGGAUAGUGAUGACGAAUCGCACAUUGAGGACAAACGAACUAUUUCAAGUGCGUCUCGACUUGGUUAUCCCUAAGUGGGCCGGAAGCAUUGAAAUUGGGGUCACGCAGCAUUCUUCAAACGAUUUAUUAUUUCCAUACAAAAUGAGCAACGCAAAAUCUGGCACUUGGGCAAUGACCGGAGAAGACGUAAUACGAGACGGGACCACCAUCAUACCGCAAUAUGUUAGGAAUCUCAACAGACUCGUGGAAGGGGACACAGUGGGCGUGAUGCGCAAGGACAUGGGUAUACUGCAUUUCUUUGUGAACGGCGUGGACCAGGGGCCCGCAGCCUUCAACAUCCCCGAGCAUGUCUUCGGGCUCGUCGACUUGUACGGGCGAGUGGCGCAGGCGACCAUAGUGGAGGCGUACACGCCGCAUGCCGCGUACUCGCCGGAGUCGCCUCUCUCCACUGAGUCAAACGCUACUAUUUAUCCAGAGAUGUGCUUCCACCGGUUGCACGGCCGCAACGCGCGACUGUCUCGCAGCCGGCUAACGGCGUCGCGCGCCACCGUCUACUCGGAGUUCAACGACGCCGUGCUGUUCAGCUCGCGGCCGCUGCGCGAGUGCGAUAUGUUCGAGCUGCGCAUCGAUAAGAUGGUCGACUGCUGGAUCGGCAGUCUGGAGAUCGGUGUAACCGCAAUCCGUCCAGACGAUCUUGAGGCAAACGGAGGCGUCGGCGCCAUAGCGGGCACCGCGACCGACCUCAACUGGGACACGUACAUCCUGAGCGGCGCCGCCAUGAUGAAGGACGGCGAGUGCGUGCGCAGCGGCUACCCGCUCGACCUGGACACCCUCACCGUCGGGAGCAGAGUCGGCAUGAUGUGGCACGCGGACCGCAGCCUGCACUACUACCUGGACGGCAUGGACAUGGGCAAGGCGUGGUACGUGCCGCACCUCAACAUCUACGCCGUCGUCGACCUCUACGGGCAGUGCACGCAGGUUACAAUUCUGCAAAAUGAAGAAAGAGCUUUCAACUACAAUGGUUGCACCAAUUCCGAUAACUCACUGCUGAGCAAUUCAAGAGCAUUGUCAUCGCCCCCGCCGCCAUAUUGGAGUUUCUCGGAGUACUGCGGCGACAACAUCUGCAUAAUGCACGACUACUCCUUUGCGCGCCGGCUCUCGCCCGACCCUACCGCCGCGCUGGUCUUCAGCGCCGCCCACCUGGCUGUCGGCGAGAUAUUCGAGGUGAAGAUCGUGGAGUGCAAGUCGGGGUACGCGGGCAGCUUCCGCAUGGGCGUCACGGAUAUCAACAUCCUGAAUGUUCACGUGAACCGCAGCCUGCCCCCGACCGUCGCUCUGCUGCCGCACUACACCGCCUACAUAGACGGCAAAUACAUGAAGUAUUCGCGUCUCAACGAGAAGGAGCAUACGCUGCGCUCAUUUGUGCCUUCGUUCGACUGGCUGCGGCCCGGUGACCGCGUGGGGCUCAAGAAGACCAACGACGGCCGCGUACUCGUUUACUACAACUCCGAGCUUCUCGAGACCGCCUUCGAGAAUGUUCCCGAUAAAGUAUACGUGGUGAUGGAAAUAUUCGGUCAUGUGACAAAGAUCCAAGCUGUCUCCAAAGGAGCUAACGUGGGAACGGCGUUGCCUCAACACACCAUUCCGAACGACGAGUACGUCAAGCCGCCGUCGCUGAGCGCCGCGGCCAAGAACGCGAGCAACGCGAGCGUGGCUCACUCGGCGCAGAACAACGCUAACAACGAAACUGCGGCACAGGCCCAAGUGGAAGUGACGGAAGACACGAAUGAAGAGUCAAUCCACUCGAACGAGAUAGUGUCGUCAAACGUGGAUUUUCUGGCCGGCGCGCUGGCCGUCAGCAACGACACGCUGACCGUGCCCACGGAGACGUCCAACCUCACCGUGGUGAGCGCUGACUCGCGCCGCCGCCGGAACCCGUUGCCCUACACCUUCCAUUACGUGCACGGGAAGAAUAUUAAGCUCUGUAGCUCAGAUACCGUGGCAAUGCGUACAUCAGGAUACAAAGACGGAAUCGCGAUUGUCAGCCAACCGCUUCGGAGGGGUCACAAUUUUAGGUUUCGCGUGGACAAGGUGGGCAGCGACUGGUCGGGCAGCAUCUCCCUUGGCGCGGUGGGCUCGCUGCCCGCCGACUCGCUGCCGCAGUGCGCUAUGCACCUCGACCCGCCCAUUUGGGCCGUCACCAGCGACCUGCUGCACGACAACGGCACCUUCAAAAAGACGCAAAUGGCAUCUGCGUUCGAUGAGCUGACCGAGCAGUCAGUGCUGACGAUUCACUUCCGCUUCAAUAGUGAGCUGGUGGUGGACGUGGACGGCAGCGUGGUGGGCGUGGUGGGCGUCGUGCCGCGCGCCUUCAGCCACGUCUACCCGCUCAUCGACCUGUAUGGCCGCGUGCACCAGGUAUCCGUGCUGCUUCAUCCAACUGUGGUGGCGAGCGGUGCGUCUCUUGACCUACCCAUCAUCGCAGAAAACUUGCGCGAAGAGUCGCUCGCCGAGCUCGAGCUGCUUGACGACGACGAAGACGAGGAUAAGAUGCCCAAACUCACCCCCGAAACUCCCGAAAUUCAUCCUAAGCGAAAAGCCAAAGCCUAUAGCCAUGACAACCUCACAGGUGACUCUUCAGAUCCACUGUACUCUCAACCCGGCCCCAGCACUCAUCCCGACCCGCCAACACACAGUCUUCCAAACGAAAACGACGCCAAAAACAAGGAAAUUAAAUGCAGUAAAACAUGCACCAACCGCAACGUGCUCCAUCAAAGCUUGAUAAUAACGUCCAAUCCCACCGAUAACAACGAGUCCGCAAAUCGAUGCAUACAAAAAAGUCACUCUACGCAUAAUUUUUGUCAAUUACUGGAUGAACAUUUAUUUGGCGUGGAAAAUAAGGACAUGCUCGGGGACAUUUACAGCCCUGUGUGCCGGCUGGGCGACGAGACGGGCUCUUCGUCUGACGAGCGCGCGCUGUGGUGCGACACCAACAUCCGCCACAACGACCGCUACCCCGAGGCCAGCGACGUCGACAGCCUCGACACCGAGAUCAUGGACGCACUCGCGCUCGAGGGCGGCAACUUGCCGGACCUCACCGAGGAGCACUCUUCCUCCAUCGACGAAUCUACUCGCCGAGACGACGUGCGGAUGGAAUCUCUCUCCGUUGAGAAUCUCAAUUACUUGAAUCGAAUACUUUGUCUGGAACAGCAGAGCGCGGAGGACCAGAGUCUGGAGGCGGAAUGGGAGGCGCGGGGGGAGAGCUGCGAGCACCUGCACGUGGUGCUGAAGUACUGGCAUUUCCUGGCGAUGCCCUAUCCCGAGUUGCGGCGCUCCGUGUCCACGGGUCAACUGCGCUGCUUCUGUCGUAACUGCCAGCCGGACGCUUCACCACCUUUGGCAGGAUGGGUGCGCAUCGAAUGCGCUGAGGGCGGAAGCGCCCGCGCCUACUGGCACGCGACGCGCGCCGCGCUGGACGCGGUGCAGGUGGGCGACGGCGCCGGCCUGCUGCGCCGCCCGCGCUCGCUCGCGCCCGCGCCGCGCGCCAACCAUCCCAAGCACGACAUAUGGUUUGAUGAAGAAGGCAAACCUCACCACACAGUGUUGGCUAUAGAAAUUGAUGUAGAAAGUCCAGACGCAACUCGCGACCGCCUAUUGGCGUACCUGAUAUUUCUGAAAUCUCACUCUGUCCAGCACAACGACGACAACCCGCCGAGCCUCGAUGAUUAAGCACGCCGAUCUCCACUGUCUACUCAACAUACAUAUUAUAUAUGCGAUAUUAUACAUUAUUUUUAAGGGGCACAAAAGGUUGUCAUGUAGGUUUUUUUUAUUGCAAAGGGAAACAUUAGUAUGGGAAAAAUUAGUAUUAAAUGAAAGUUAACGAGACGUCAGCCGUCUGUAUAUUAGCAAGUAACAUGUGUUAACGAUAAUGUUACGGUCAAACUUCUCCAUCUUACAGAUUCACCUGUACACGUGCUUUACUAGUCUUAUUAUUUUAUAAGCACUGUUGUGAUCUCAGUCUACUGACUAAGUUAUCUAUAAUGUUUAAGUUAUUAUUUAUUAUUUCGGUGUUUUUCAUAGUUAUUUAUAUAGAACGACAAAUAAGUAUGUUUAAGGAGUGAGGGUGCGCUCACACACUAAAUAAACGUUUCGAUGUCAACCAGUCCUUCAGCUGCCGAAGUUUACGGUAGGUUGGUGCAACCUUCAGGGCCGGCCUAUGUCAAUGUCACACUGCAGAUUAGGUAUACUACAAGCUGAAGUCUCUUAAGAGGGGGCGUAAAGCCAGGAAAUUUGAAAAUAACUAAAAAAAACGCAUGGCCAUUGCGCGAGGUCUUAACCCUUCACCUCAAUAACCCUGAAAAUUGUUCGGCCCGUCCCUUGGUUAUAUCGCUAGCUAUUUUAUAAUGCUGUGGUAAUCAGGGUAAUGACAUACAAUUGAAGUGAAAUAAAAAAUUUGACAUGUUAUAGCCAAUUUAACCUGGUAAGGUUUUGGCUGGAAUCUUCCCUUGCAAAUAUAAUCUAGUCUCCGUGUUAAUAUUUUUACUUGCCUAUUGUAAAAAAUUGUAAAAAUGUGUAACAAUUUGAUAUAAUAACUACAAAUUUGCAUUACCCCCUCUUAAAAGCUUCCGCCUCUAGAUAAUAUACAAGUAUUCAUGAAAGCGGGCUCUUGUAUAAUGUUGUCCAAUGAAACUUGUUGUGUUGCUAGGAAAACAUUGUUUUGCUAUUAUCGAGGCGUGAGGUAAAAUAUGAGCGUAUUACAAAAUAUGUACGUAAGUAUAUAACCGAGACUUGAGGUCCUGAGCAGGGUGUGAGCGCAACUGUGCGAUAGUAAGCGGAAUGAGCCAAGCGAGAUACUGUUUGAUAAACAAGACUAUUGUAAUGUGAUUGUGACGUUGUUAGGGAACUUCCGAUGUGUUGACCUCCUAUGCUGGCUGGGUUUGUCUCACUCCCCUUGUUGCUUGUGUCUUCAUAUUUUGUGGGUUCAAAUAUACAGUUUCGUCUAAGCCAUUUUCAAGUCAAAAUAUAAAUAUGUUAUCUUGUAUGUGUAGCACUUUGUCUCAGGAGCUAGGUACGCUAUAGGAUCGGAUCUUGAACGUAUUCUCAACUUCCACAAUCAAUUGAGAUAAUAAGUAACGUGCUAGCUUUUCUAUGUUGCAUAUUUUGUUCGAAUAUCGAGACAUGUCUAUAAUACAUAAUAGUAUAUUACUUAAGUUUUAUCGAGCUUCACUGCAUGGCAUGAAACACACGAAUAACAACAUUUAUUAUGCACCCAUAUACUCUGGUUGUUUAGUUUCUUGUGCACAUAGGACUAGGACUGCGAAAUGUCGCAUAAUAAACAACAUUAUCAGGCGUGUUGAUCCUAUGAUCUUCAUACAAUAAUUUCCUGUAAAAUAUUAAUGUAAAACGUAGGAGGUAGCUAUAGCUUAAAGAUCUAUUUUUAGAUUGUGAAAUUUAAGCCUCUUCAAAUCAUACUGCCGUAAGACGAUUACGGUUUACGUGUCGUAAAUACACCUUCAAUAUAUUUUUGCGACAUCAGAUUUCGUGCGAGUUGUUAUGUUGGGGUCAUUUUAUGAGGGCUACCGGUUUUAAUUAGUAAAAGAGAUUUUUUAACGAAAGCUUAAACGUCGAGCAUUUUAUUACUACGGAGCUUACUAUCCGGCAAAAAAAUGCGGUUAAAACAAAACUUGGCAUCAGGAUCUAUUAUAUUGCGGUAGAAUCUUGGGAGGAAAUACUAGAGGAGUCGAUAAAUUUCAUACCAUCUUUCAAAAUAAAAAGUUCUGCCGCUUUAUUUAGGAACAUGGUAGCGCGCGCAUAUGAAAACAAACUAUGCACAAAUGCAGAUUUGGCCUUCGAAACGGGGUUUUGGGGGUCACGUGCGGGGUAGUCGCCCGGGGCCUCGUUCUAGCAGGCGCCUCGCGCAAUAAGCCGGGGAGUUUUUUCGUUUUAUUUUUGACGUAAAAUAGGCGUAGAAGGAGUAAAUUGCUAAAACCAUAUCAAAAAAAAUGUCAGGGCACGGUCGCUUAUAUUAUUUAAAUUUAAACUGUAAAACGGUGUUAAAUCGAAGCAAUAUUAAUAUUACGCUUGCUUUGCUAUGCCAAGCUCGACAUCCGGCCUUACUUAAACUUGGCUAUUGAUCCAAUUCCUUUGGUCUCACACGGAAGUGCGCAGCUAACUAAAGUCCUUCGACCCUAUAUUGUGCUCGGCCUUUGGCCUCGCUUUUUAAAACACUCUAACAAACGGCUAUUCAUUAUUUUCCGAGCUCAGCUCCAUUAAAGGUCGGUUUUUAGCCUCGCAGGACACCUCCACGUUUUUAACACUAUGCGAAACUGUGUCUCUCCGGCUCUCCUGCAGCUCGUCCUUCGACCUCGCACAAAAGCAUUUGUCCAUUGUGCUCCUCUUCAGUAGCUCUGCCUUCAGCUUUGCAGUGAAGGGGGCCGUAAUCGGAAGCUCCAAGCUGCUGGACCUUUUUACGGAGCUUGGCCCUCCCCUACUGGCUCCGCUUAUAUUUGGGGUUCGAUUAUACGCGAUUCUGCAGUUAGACUUUCAGCCUCGCACUGAAGAGCGUUGGAAUUGGGCGCGCUGGAUCUUCGGUUCCAGGCGGAGCUCGACUUUUGACCUCAAUUUUUGACACAUCAUAUGUCCAUUGGUUCGUGACCGAGCUCUAUUCCUCUUAAUCUCAAAUAACACGUUUCGCUGAUACAGCCUACCCCUUUUUUAUUUCCGAUGACUGACAAAUAAUUGGCUAUUGUUCCUGGUUUAUUUACAUAAACCAAACAUUUGGGGUUUAACAAAACCCCAAAGAAAGAAAUCGCACGGAGUUAAAUCGCAUGAUCUUGGUGGCCAGUUGAUAUUUGAAUUUCAUGAGAUGAUUUGCUGCAAUAAAUCGGUUGUUUAAUGGGUGUUUUCACAAUGAUAACACGUUCUUAUAUUGUGUAACGCUCCAUUUUUAUUAAUCGGAACAAUCAUAAGCGACGGCUGUCAAAUGUCAGAGUUGACACAUUACCCGAAAAACAUAAUACACAAAAUUUAAAUCGUGCACUUUUAUUGAGAUACCCUAUAGUUCUGAUGAAGAAUAUCUCCCUCAAUUUAUCUUUACUUCUUUAAUAUCGUCAGGUGAUAAGCAAAACGGCUCAGGAACGCUUCGGCCCCAGUUUCAUUUCGUCAUCUCCAUAAAUCGUCCGCAGUGUUAUGUCGUCACCCUACAAUUCCUAAUUCGUAACCUUCCUAACUCGUCCACUUUCUUAUAUCGUCAAUACCCCAUUUUGUCUAAAUUCCUAUUUUGACCAUAGUGCCAACUCGUCCAAUAUCUGAUAUCGUCAAUAUACCAUUUUUGUCUACGUUCCUAUUUCGACCAAAGUGCCAACUCGUCCGCGUUCUU